UUUCAUCGCCCAACCCUUUCAAAUCUUUCGAUUCUUGUUUCUUAAACCGUUCUAACCUAAUUACUGUCAAUGAUUUUUCCAAUCAAAGCAACUCACGUCCAUAAUCAUCAGUAUUGUUUCAAAAUCAAAUCGUCCAAAAUGUCGCAAACGUCUGUUCCGGACGAUCAACAACAAGAAGAAUCCUCGUCGGUCAUCUCACUCACAAACGAAGCCUUGAUAUGGUCGUUAGCAUCCACCGAAGCGUACCAACCUGCACCCAUCGACAUUAACGUGGCACGGGCAGAGCAAAUAGAACUUCCUGCCCUCCGUUGGAACCGCUACGAGUCGCUUCCGACCAGCAUAAAACUGACCAACACAGGCGAUACGGUUAUUUUAAGUGCCCGUUGGAAUGCCGAAAGUCCUUCACUGGAGGGUGGUGCUCUGGAUGGACGGUACGUCUUCUCGCAACUUCAUUUCCACUGGGGCCAAACAGCACUGGACGGAAGUGAACAUACGAUCGACGGCUAUCGAUUACCGCUCGAGAUGCACGUGAUACAUUUUGCCGAACGUUUCGGUGAUCAGCAGGAUGCCCUUACCGUGCCUGGAGGAGUUUUGUGUUUGGUGUACUUCUUCAAUUUGAAAUCGAAUCCGAACCGAUUUAUGGAACCUGUUGCGAAAGGGCUCAGCAGUACGGUACUCCCGGAAUCGUACAUCAAACUCGAACCGUUCCCACUGAUAGACCUCUUCCAUAGCUUCGUGGACGAAUAUUUCCUAUAUUGGGGAUGUACUAGGAAUGGAUCUCAGGUAGCACCGAUGCUGUGGAUGUUAUCACGCACCCAGGAACCAAUCGAUUUUCAUCAAUUGAAACAAUUCAAUGGUGUACUAGAUCGUCGUAUGCGUCCUCACUACAACCUGCAACCAUCGGACACGGCUCCGUUGAAGGGAAGACACUUGUUUCACGUCAAUCCUCGCACACCGAUGGCAGUCAGCACGCUGAUGGUUGAACCGCCACAAAAGUUCGCCCAAACACGGUGGCUCGUUGACCGGCAGCCAGUUGAUUGGAGUUCACCGGAUGCAUGUCGUCAGUACAUUGCGAUGGUGCGGGAAUAUCUGGCCAAGAAAGACAAUGACGACGAGAAUAAGAUCCUAUGUCCAGAGAAUGAAUCCACAACAAGUUCUAAGUAUUAACGUUUGGACGCAGGACUAUUUAUUCAGCCAAAAUCACAAGAACUCCUGAAGCGACAGUAUGGAGAAUUCAAGAACAGGAGUACAGGAGAACAGGAAAAUUCUAGUAGAUAAAAACAGACAGCGCCAACAGGUCCAGCAGCUAAAUGUCACGUCUAAAAAGAUAUCAUUAAUUUCAUUACCAACAUGAAGCAUUCUUAUGCUUAUUAAUAUCAAACCUAAUAUCGCAAUAAAUCUUAAUUUAUUCGGUGUGGCACCAAUUAGAUAAAAUGCAAUUAAACACUAAAGGAAUUGCCAAGUAUUAAAAAAUCUUGG